UGGUAUGCCAGACAUUCAAAGGUGUGAGUCUGUGACUCUGUGAGACUAUCGCUUUCGUGUACGGUUUGAGGACUCUUUCGUGGAAAGAGCGAGGGGGGUUAGCUGAGGAUCCUUCCUUGUGCUUUUGCCUAUUGUAUCAAGUAUCAACCCCUCUUCCUUGCCAACGCUUAUUUGAUUUUCGUUUUUAGUUCUUAUCAUUUAUUCUUAUCCUUCAAGCGAUUACAGAAUGGCUACCACUGGGAACAAGAACAUUAAUGCCAAAUUGGUGCUUCUGGGUGAUGUUGGAGCUGGGAAGUCUAGUUUAGUCUUGCGCUUUGUUAAAGGGCAAUUUAUUGAAUUUCAGGAAUCAACCAUAGGUGCUGCCUUUUUCUCACAAACUUUGUCUGUAAAUGACGAGACUGUAAAAUUUGAGGUUUGGGAUACAGCCGGUCAAGAGAGAUACCAUAGCUUGGCUCCAAUGUACUACAGAGGAGCUGCUGCUGCAAUAAUCGUUUAUGAUAUUACAAACCAAGCCUCAUUUGAGCGAUCAAAAAAAUGGGUCCAAGAACUUAAAGCACAAGGCAAUCCAAAUAUGGUCAUGGCACUGGCUGGUAACAAAGCAGAUUUGCUAGAUAUGAGAAAGGUGGCAGCAGAGGAAGCACAAGCAUAUGCUCAGGAGAAUGGCCUUUUCUUUAUGGAAACCUCUGCAAAAACUGCAACUAACGUCAAUGACGUCUUCUAUGAGAUAGCAAAAAGACUGCCUCGAGUGCAGCCAGCGCAGAACCCAUCAGGAAUGGUUCUUAUGGAUAGACCAGCAGAAAGGGUAGCAAGUGCAUCUUGUUGCUCAUAAAAAAAAAUCAACAGUGCUUCUGCUAGAUGCCUGAACUGUACAUACAUGUUUGCUAGGAUGCUUUAUUUUCUCGUAGUAAUUGAUUAUAUAUCGGCUACAAUGUAAUGAAAUGCUGUUGUGCUUAACUUUCAGUUGCGUAUUAGCAAGGUUCAGACCAAUACAUACUGUUUGUUAAA